UCGUACUCGUGUUGCUCCUCUGAAGUUUAUAUUGAUUUCUAGGCUUGAACUUUUAGCCUAUUUAUUAGGUGUCAGAAUGAUGAACUCUGUCAAAGGGGACUUUCCACUUGAAUGAAUCUCAACUCUUUAUUGGACUGAUUCCAUGAAUGUUUUAUAUUGGAUCAAAAAUCGGGAAUGUUGGGUUAUGUUUGUUAUGAAUACAGUAAAUGAAAUUAGAUUUUUAAGUUGUCCAGAUGACUGGAAUCAUGUGCCAGGGUAUAUAAACCUUGCAGACCUUUCAUCAUGGGGCUGUAAUGCAAGAAUUUUGGCUGAAUCGCACUGGUGGGAGACACUUCAAUUUCCAAGUUUACCAGUAGAAGAAUGGCCUCGGCAGAAAGAAAUGCCAGACAUGGAGAUAGUGAGCUCUGAAAGGAAAAAAUCUGUCAUUUCUUCACUGGAUGUAGAGAAAGCAGAAAGGUUUUAUGAGAAUUAUUCCACUUACUGGAAAAUAUUACGAAUAACGGCUUGGAUAUACCGGUUUGUCUCAAAUCUCAAGGGACAAUCUGCUAGAAUGUCUGGAGGGCUUACAGUAAAGGAAAUAAGGUACACUGAAUUAGUGUUAUUGAAACUGUUUCAAAAAGAAGAAUUUCCAAAGGGAAUAAAUAAUCGUUUGCAAAACUCGAUGGGGAUGACCAAGGGCACGAAAAUGAUUUCUGUAGGAGAUAUCGUCUUGGUUGGGCAUGACAACCAAAAACGACUUGAUUGGCCUCUGGAGAAAGUUGUCGUGAUCUAUCCAAGUAAAGAUGGAUUGGUAAGAGUAGCCAAAAUAAAAACACAUGUUGGAUUUCUCAUCCAUCCUGUUAGGAGAUUGUACCCCUUGGAGAUUUAUUCGGGGGAUGAAAAGCAUGCUAUGCAAGACGAAUUUUGUGGCAAGACUGCAGACUCUGCUGAAAAUGAUCGCGAGAGGACCUGUGAUCAGUCCCGAAUGACCUCUGCCGCUGCAGGAAGUGAUGUGGUGAAAAACUCAUCUGAGAAUUAUCGAGUCUCAAAAAGGGGCAGACCCCUAACUUCGAAUCAGUUAAAUCUAUAAACUGAUUCGAACUCAUUCAAUUUAUACUGUAUGUGUUUUGUCGGAGUAAAGUUCAAAACACCAUACACCAAGUUAAAAUUCAAAACGAUAUAUAUAUUAAAAUAAACGUAUGUACGGUUACAAAAGUUUACAAAACAAACAUUUACAAAACAUCAAUCGUAACAAAGUUCAACACGUAUCCACCAUCACAGGUCCGUCGAAAAGACAUCUUGCGACAAACUAACUCUAAAGUCAUUUACAGUCUAACGAGACGAAACAAUCUUCGGGGCCAGCUUAGGCAAACUAGGAUCAACGUGAGUUCUAUUCAAGCGUCCAAGGUGAACUGAACUUCCCACCACAACUCAAUCCUUUUAUAGGAUUGAAGCAGAAUUGGCUUCCACCAAUCAGCUCUUAGCAGCUCUACAAGAUGUCUGCCGAUGGCGUGAUGUCGCUCAAACAAUGAGUGGUCGAGUCUUCAAAAGUGGUCUGAUUGUUGUAUCGUAUGAUCAACCGUCGCUCGUCGAACGACUGGAAAAGUGCAGGAAAACCAUGCGCCAGACGAUUUUUAUUCCGACACCUCCACGGUCGAGGAUUAAACUGAGCUUACUUAAGCCUGUUUGAUUCCCUUCACAACACCAAACAACCUUACAAAAAUCGUCUGAUGUCGGACUGAUUCACAUAUUCGGAACAUCUGGGAAUUUUACCCGACUACGCACAGAGAUGCCUUUGUUACUGAUGCCUAAUAACCGCUUUCGUAAAGCUAGCGAAAUCCGGUAUGGGGUAAACCGUUUUGGGAUUCACCCUCCAGUAAGUGUCCAGAUGUUUUUCUUUUUUGGUCUAAUAUCGAAAAUCGAGUUGUAAUCCUUUAGCACGUCAUCCAGCUUGGUCUGUGCCGACGUCGGGGGAAGCGGAGGAACUCCUUUUACUCUCCCGUCCCAUCGUUUGCGAUCGUGAAGCUGUCACAGGGAUGGAGUUUGAUCCAGUUUCCUGAAUAUCCCGUCGGAACCAAGUACUAUUUCUACAGCGAAAGUUUGCUUCCGAUACUCCCUGAGACUAUUUGGUCCCAGUUAAUUCUCCUGUCUUUAACCCUUAUCUGGUAGCUUUCUUCACGUCCUCGCUUUUCUACAUCAGGCCAUUCCCACCGGACAUCCAAUUUGUCAUCCGGGAAAGACUUUUCCACGGGAACUGUAUCCCCAAUGUUAUAUUUCUUUGGCCGUGCUCUGAAGUUGUAAUGCACUGCAUACUCUUCUCGCUUUUUAGCCAUAUGCUUAGUUGCAAUAUCGUAAACCGCUUUGAUCUGAUCUAUCUUUACAUUUCCUACUUCUAACAUACAGGUUGUUUUAUACGUCAAUACUGCGGUGAAAUUGGUCCCCUGAUCAUAACAAGUCAGUUCAGGAAAACCCGUCCGUGUAAAGAAUUGCAAAAAUACCGAACAAGUGGCCAUCACCGAAAGUGCUCUCAUCCCUUCCACUUCUGACCAACGGGUGCAUAAUCUGAUUAUGCCAACUGCGUAUCGAUGACUGUUAGAUGACAAGGGAUCAAUCAGUACAAUCAUGCCUAGGUUAACCACUUGAAACGGGGUUGAGAAUCAAGUAAGUGGUGUAACUGGGAUCCUAUCUAGGACUAGAUCAGGCACUUUUACUAGGCACCUAUGACUAUUCUGGCAGUACUUUCGGAUAUCGGUCGCCAUUCUCGGCCAACAGAAGCUCUCGCGAACGUGACUUGCUAAUUCCCGACUGCCCAACUGUUCAUCGCACGGAGCUUUGUGUGCUAAAUCUAACAUUUCUGCUCUUCGUUCUUGGGGAACAACUACCUGCUUAAUGGGUCUGCCGAACCAACUAUCUUGCCGAAAUAGUAUUUUGUCCUCUACAGUUAACCCAUCUUUCUUAUGCUUAGCAGCCUCCCACAUUCGGGAAAGUGACUCGUCCCGGACUUGAGCGUCUCGUAAUUUUGUUCCUUACUCAUUUUCGGUGCUAUUUUCAUUGCAUCCCGCCUCUGAGAGAGGUUUCGGUUUCUUUCCCUGAUGAUUUCCGCUUCCAUCUACCCUCAAACUCCUCACAUGCCUUCCUCCCUUUUUCUUGAGUUUCUCCUUUCAGUCUAUCAACAUCCGGUAAUCCUCCUCCGAUAACAAGGCGUCCAUGGUCUGGUGUAACUCGUCUGUUAAGGCGCACAUCACCAGUUCUGACCUUUCCGACCUUGCGAAGUCUUCCUCCCACAACCCUAUCGGGACCGAUACUAACACCACAUUGAUCCGGUGACUGAAGGGACCAACCAAUUGGACUCUCCCCUUCGUUUUUAUUACCGAGGUAGGUACCAAUGACUUCCUUAUAACCGAAAUUUCAGCUCCACAGUCAACUAUGGCCGAAAGGAGCUUCCCAUCGCAUGCUAAUUUGACUCUAUUCGGCGCUUUUAUGACCUUUGGUUGGUCAUACGACGUUACCCUCGCUACCAAACGUCUAUCGUCCUGAGAUUUGUUACUAGUAGUCACGAGCCGCGCCUGUUUAGGCUCACUAUGUGCCUUUCGUUUCGGACAGUUUCUCCUCCAAUGGUCCGUUUCCUUGCAAACAUAACAACCAUUUUUGUGGGGUUGUUUAUCUAUAGACUGCGUCACGGGACUAGAUUUUCCUUUCUUCUCUCUCCACGCGUUUCUUUGUUCGCUGUUUUUCUCGCUUUUGGUUGGGGAUGUACUAUUUGACGCCUCGUCAAACUUUUCUAUAAAUCUGGCCAAUUCCGCAGGCUUGCUUCAUCCCUUCCCUUCCUGCAAUAUCACAUAUUUCCUUGCGUCGUGAGGAAGGAGCAUCUUUAUAUGGUCCGCUACUGUUAGCUCAACAAGACCUUCCAACGUCUCCACCUCUCUACUAUCUACAUAGUACUGAUAAAGGUCUUUCAGGCACGACGCGAAUUGCGGCCAUGUUUCUCCCGAGUAGCGUUCUGCUCGCCUAAAUUUCUUUAGAUAUUCCGCAGGUGAGAGUCUCAACUCUUCGAGAAUAAACUCUUUUAAGGAAGGGUAAUGUUUGACCUUAUCCACUGACAACCUUGUCAGUGCCACUUUACAUCUAUUGGAUAGCACGCUCAAAACUAUUUGUUCCUGUAAAUCUACCUGGGCCUCGUAGGUCUCUAAAACUACUUCGACCAUACGAAACCAGGAUGGUACUGCCUCCUCCUCUUCCGGCAUUUUAGGCAGUGCCGCCUUUGCCCUACGAGCGUAAUCGUCAAAAUUUGCUUUGCCGAUAUUAUCCUCUGCGUCUCGGGUCCCCUUUUGUAAUCUAUUUCACUCUAACUCAAUUUCCGCCUUUCUGACCUCAGCUUCUGCUUUCCUCUCCUUAGAUUCCGCUGUUUCCUGUUUGAGCUUCUGGAGUUCAAGCUGCAUUCUCAUCAUUUCCAGAUUCCCUUGCGAAUCAUUUCCUGUUCCGCCUGCCUUCUGUCCCUUGGUCAGCCCAUCAUUUUCUCAAUCCCGUGUUUCUAAACCUAGCGGUUUUGCGCAUCUAGGCAUCUCUGUGCUAGCAAGUAAAAUAAAGUUUUACCUGGGUCAAUGAUUGCCGGUGUUCUUCUGUCCUUAUGUCCGUCGCAGAUCAGCCUUUUUGAUUCAUAGUAAUCCAAAGGUAAUCUAAAAAGUAGUCCAAAGUAAUACUGUAGUUAUCCUGUCGAGACUGCGCCAGUAAAGUUUAAAACACCAUACACCAAGUUAAAAUUCAAAACGAUAUAUAUAUUAAAAUAAACGUAUGUACAGUUACAAAAGUUCACAAAACAAACAUUUACAAAACAUCAAUCGUAACAAAGUUCAACACGUAUCCAUCAUCACAGGUCCGUCGAAAAGAAACUUUGUGAUGAACUAACUCUAAAGUCAUUUACAGUCUAACGAGACAAAACAAUCUUCGGGGCCAGCUUAGGCGAACUAGGACCAACGUGAGUUUCCUUCAAGCAUUUAAGGUGAACUGAACUUCCUGCCACAACUCAAUCCCUAUUAUAGGAUUGAAGCAGAAUUGGCUUUCACCAAUCAGAACUUAGCAGCUCUACAAGACGUCUGCCGAUGGCGUGAUGUCGCUCAACCAAUGAGCGGUCGAGUCUUCAAAAGUGGUCUGAUUGUCGUAUCGUAUGAUCAAUUGUUGCUCGUCGAACGACUGGAAAAGCGCGGGAAAACCAUGCGCCAGACGAUUUUUAUCCUGACAGUCGGGUUUAAAUUUAGAUUUAAAUUUGAUUUGAUUUUGACUGACAAAAUCAAAGGUGGGAGGAUGACUUAUCCAUCCUGCUAGAUGGCGGGCGGUUUUAAUGGUUUAUUUAUUGUUAAUAUUAAAUGUUUAAUAAUAUGAUUGAAAAAUCAUUUUAAUAUUUAAUGUUUAAUAAUAUGAUUGAAAAAUCUUUUUACAAAAUCGAAGAUUGCAUGUCAGGAUGGGCAACACUUUAUCUAGGCCUUUCACACAAGAAGAAGGUGUUUUUUUAGGUUGGAUUUUGAGUGUGACUAUGUUCCUAAUUAAAAUAAACAGCAUAACUAGUUGUUUCUUUUCUAGUGUGAAACACUUCUUGUAUUUGGAUGAAUUUCAGAUCUCCAUUCAGUCAAACAACAUGAGUUUUAUCGAGAGACAACUGCAAACUGUUAGGGUUAAGGUCUUUUAUCAUUAACUUUUAACGAUAAGCCAAUGAUAAUUCGUUUGCACAGCGCCGGAUAGGAUGACAAAUUAUACAUACCAGCAAUGUCUUCAAAAUACUUUAUUGAAGUUAUUGUUAAGGACAUAAAUCACAAAGCAGAUGACUGCACAGAGAAAAGAACAAGAAGUAAAAAAACGAAACCGAAACUAACAAAAUGGGGAUAUUAAUAUUAAGUCACGGAACGAGAUCUCGCACUCUUCUCGCGAGCACUAUCGUUGAGGGAUUGUUAAUAAACACGGACGUCUAACACAAACUUUCCUUAACAUAGAGACCUCGUGCAUCCACUUUUGCUAAAGGCGUGGUAUGCACCUUGAUCCAGAAAUUUAUUUAAAUGGGGAUAAAAUCCCAAUGGUCAAGGAAGCUAAGUUUUUAGGUGUCAUAUUUGACAAAAACUGACUUUUUACAACAUUUGCGCAACUUGAAGAGUGGAGGUUUAAAAUCUUUGAACCUUUUAAACGUACUGUGAUGCUCAUCCUGGGGAGCAGACAAAGUUUUUGUGCUCAGGAUUUAUAGGGCCCUUGUUGCUUAAAGCUGGAUUACGGAUGCAUUGUGUAUGGCUCUGCACGAGAAUGUACUCUUCGGAUUCUGGAUCUAAUUCAUCGUGAAGCUUUGCGUUUGUGCACUGGUGCAUUUUGAACUUUCUCUGUUUAAAGUCUGUAUGGGGAUGCUUAUGAGCCUGUAUUUCUCAGGAGAGAACAGUUGUGUCUUUUUUAGUUCAUUAAAUAAAAAUCUCAGAAAAAACUUUCAGCUGAUUGUCCAGAUACUCAGAUGAAAAGAUUAUUUGCUGCUCGGACCAGUAGUGUCUCUACAUUCAACAUCAGAAUGGAGAAUGUAAGCAGCAUGAUUGACCUUAACACAAGCAACAUCUUAUAUGUUGAGGUUAAUAGUAUUUCACCUUGGUCAACCCCAGCAAUAGAUGUUGAUUUAUGCUUAAAGCAGUUCUUAAAAGAUACCAUGCCAGAUUAUGUCUAUACACAGCACUUCGCAGAAGUUCAACAUUGUGACAGGAACAUAAUUUGAAUAUACACUGAUGGAUCUAAAUUUGAUAACUAUGUUGGCUCAGUUUUUGUUUGCCAAAAUGAAAUUGUGGCAGAACAAAUAUCACUGAAUUCUUCCAUUUUUUCUGCAGAGUUGCAGGCUAUUUAUUUAGCUUUAAAAUAUAAAUAGGAAAGGUCAUUGUUGAUUUUUCCUAUUUAUAUAUUUUAGGGCGUGAUUUACACUGACUCAGUCAGUGCAUUUCAGGCUCUGAUCUCGUAUGAACCUAGUUCUCACUUCAUAGUUGUUAAAAUCUGAAAAAUAAUUUGUUAUCUUAGUACGAGAAAUUUUUAUGUAAAGUUCUGUUGGGUCCCAUGCCACGUGGGUAUAAGAGGUAAUCAAGAAGCUGACACAGCUGCUAAGUCAGCAAGUCCUUCACAGCAUAUAAUGCGUAUUGAAGGAGGUGAUUUGAAGCUAGUUGUUAACCCGUCGGCACGCGCGUGCUCCGUCAAACAGAAAUUACGUGCGCUCGGUCAAUUAGGCACCAAAUUAAAAAAUUAAUUAAUAAAAAUUUUGCGUCGUAAAACGAGUAUUUUUACUUUAAUCCAGUUUUAUGAUAUGUUUGUAGUCGAAUUUAGUCAAAAAACUUUAAUUUUGUUAUAAUUUUGUUGAUGGUUUUAAUUUUUUAAUAUUAGAAGGUAAUUAGCAUAAAUUACAAAGUGUCGUGUUUCAUCUUCGCUCCCGUUCAAGUUUAUAGUCCUAGAUACGCGCCGAUGUUUGUUUUUACUUUUACUGGUGUUUCCGCUUUUAUUUCACCCUCGUCCGUUUUGGUUACAGACGAUGGGGAGACGGGCGUCACGUGAUCGCUUACCUCACUUUUUACAAC